GAGAGCAAAUUCAGUGUGUUAUCAAACUUCAGCUACGUCAGACACUUCUAUUAGAAAGUCCGAUGUGAAUUAGAAGCUUUCGAUUGAUAUUUGUUUUGUGAUCAUAUGUGAAUAAAAACUGUGAUAUACCGCAAAAAAUAUAAUUUAAUGGUUCUGUGGAACGUGUAUAAAUUAAAGAAGUAUAGUUUUGAAAGUUUUUGGUGAACUUAAUCAUGCGCACAAUUGAAUAUGGGACAACUACACACGUACCGGCAUUUUUGACAAAACUUUGGAAAUUAGUCACUGAUGUGGCGUGUGACGAUCUAAUUUCUUGGAGUUUAGGUGGUACUAGCUUCAUUAUUUAUGACGAAAUACGUUUUUCAAAAGAGUUACUACCUAUGUAUUUUAAGCACAACAAUAUGGCAAGUUUCGUCCGUCAGUUAAAUAUGUAUGGUUUUAGAAAACUCAGUUGCAUAGACCAAGGAGGAAUGCAUUGCUACAAGAAUGAAAUUGAAUUUUAUCAUCAGUAUUUCAUAAAGGGACAGGAAUCUCUACUUGAGUUAAUCAAAAGAAAGAUUCCUAACAGUAAAUCAGAGGAACCCAAAGUUAAACAGGAAUAUAUAGAUGAACUACUCUCUAACCUCCAAACACUUAAAGGGAAGCAGGACAGUGCUGAGCAGAACAUGGAGAUUCUCAUGAGAGAAAAUAAGAUGUUGUGGAGGCACGUCACUGCACUAGCAGACAGAUACACCCAACAACAAACUGUGAUACAACAGCUUCUUCCCUUUUUCAUGAAUAUUGUCCGUACAAGGCGAGAAAUGACAUUAAAAAGGAAGCCUUCCCUAAUGAUUGAUGAAGGGGAAACGACGCACAACAAAAUUGCACGAUUGUCCCCACAGUAUUUUGUGCAUGAAGAUCAAGACUCCAACCAAGGUAAGCCCAUGUCUCCAGGUAAUGUUUCGAAUAGAGGACCUGUUAUACAUGAUGUUACUGAGAUGGAAAAUAGCAAGAUGUAUCCUGCCACCAUUUUAUGUCCUUCAAACUCUACCACGACUAAAGAGUGUGAGGCGAUUGUCGAUAGUCCUUUGUCUAAUAGCUUAGAAAGCUCAGAACAAACGAUCGACAGUCAAUUCACGGAAGCUGGCUCGAUGGAGACGAUUAAUAUUUUAAACCAAAACUUUGAGAGGCGCAGUCGAAGCAAUUCUUACAGUCCACCAAUGGAAAUGAAGCAUUCUCCACCAUCUGCUUCAGCUUCAUCCAUGAGACGCAGCUCACCACCUGCAAUGUCAAGCUAUGCAUCAACUUCAGCUUCGAGUAGUAGCCUUUCCCCAACGAUUAUCAUUGAUGAAGCCACUUCAGAUGUUCCUCUUCCCGAAAACAUCAUGAGGAGCCCUUUUGCCCCCAAAAUCGAAGAGGUUUGCUCAGAAAGUGGUCUCUACAGCAUGAAUUCCAUGAUGAACGAUAAAGUUCCACCCGUCAUUAACGAAGAAACAAUUUCCAUCUUAUCGGAGAGUACAUCGCCCCUUAUGAAUGGAAGUCCAUCACCCCUUAUGAAUGGAAGUCCAUCAAUGAACAAUGGGAACAAAUAUAUUCCCAGUCCAUCCUUUGCCUCUCACUUGCAGAAUGUAAAAAGUGAUAUGCCAGAAAUUAACUGGAUGAUGAAUCAACCAGCGCCUUCAUAUGCACCAGAACAGACUAUUGAAAGCUGGCUUGGGCAAUUUAUGAAACCAGACACUGCAACUCCUUCUUGUAGCAUGUCUCAGCCACAGGGACCACCAGUUGGAAAUGUGAGUUUUGUAUAAUGCCAUUCAGCAAUGCGUAGAGUGGAGUUUUGCCAGUAAAUGGUACCUGAAUGCCCCAAUGAACUAAAUGUAUGAUAUGGACUAACUAAAAUGGCUCUGGGUUUUGUUUGACUUUUUUUGUCUGUAAAAGAGAUGGUUGUAGAUUGUAUUUCACACUGUGCAUAGGAUAUUGUAGUAGUGUUUAAAAUACUAUAGUUUAGUUAUUUUUUCACAAUGUGGAAGACAUUAAUCAGAUAAUUGAAACUUUCUUACUAUUGUUAAUUUUGCUACAAUAUGCUUUAUCGAAUCAUUUAAAAUUUCUUAAAUUCUUGAUUUGAAAACCACUUUGGAUCAUCUAUAUGAAUAGAUUGUCAAUGAAAUACAAAAUUGUAAUUUUUUUUAAUGAAAAGAGCUUAGCUGUAUUUCUAAGGGUGGGUUAGGUUAUGUGUUCUGUGUGAUCAUUGGGAUGGCUACAUAUUUGAAAGUAGUUCACCUCUUUGAGUCAUGUUCAUUAUGCUGAAUAUUAGUAUUUCUGUAAGGUAGUGGAGUUCUUAUGGAAAUAUAUUUUCAUCUGUAUCAGAUGAUGAAUAUUUUUUUUUUUUUGUCCACUUGAUUUAUGUGUAUUUACAUAAUUUCCAACAUCAAAAAAUUUUAAAUUUAACAUCACAGGAAAUUUAGCAUCUAUCCUGUUUCAGAACAUCAAGACAGACUUUCAUUUAACUUAUGUGCAAAAUGCAAAUAAAUUGUUGCCAUCUAUAUAAUUGAAUAGGAUAAUAUAUUUUCCUUUUAUAUGAUGUAGUGUUAUUUAAAUUUUGUUGAAUUAGGGCUCUGGUUUAGAAGGGCUCUUUCAUUUUUAAAUAACUAGGCUUUCACCAGAUUAGCCCUUAAUAACUAAAUAGUGGUUAAUAAUUAUUUUUGUUUAAAUAUUUUGCACAUAGAUUAUUUGAAUACUUGUUGUUCUAUAUGUUUGAAGAUAUUUGUAAAUAUAUUCUAUUUAGUGCUCAAUUAUACAUUAUUGUAUUAGUCUCUUUUUUUAUGUGUUUCUAAAAUAAUGACUUUGUGUUCUCUGUAUUUCAAAUGGAAUUAAUUGAAUUUAAUUACUGUAAAAAUUCAAAUCAUUUCGAAGUGUGAAUAAUGUUAAAAUAUAAAUAUUUUUUUUAACUGAAAAUAGGUACAAUAUAUUUCAAUUAAUAUUGUAAAGUAUUUUGUGGGAUAGACACCUUGUACAGUUACUAAGCACAAUUUGUUUUUCUUUUAAAUUAUUUUUAUUUUUGCAAUAUUUUUCAAUUAAUUUUAUUUAAAAUUUAAUUUUUAGUAAUUAAUAGAUGACAACUUGCCAAUUUUCAGUUCCUAUGAAGAAAUUUAAUUCUGUAAAUUAAUUCCUAGUUCCAUUUGUAUUAUAGAUCCUGCUGUUAGGUGAUGGUAUUCUCAAAAUGUAUGAUGUUGAUGUCCGUUUAUAAAUGAAAUAUCGAAACAUUAAUUAAUUUAUUAAUGUUGGAUAUGAUACAUAAUGUAAAUAAUGUCAUUAAUAUCUGGGAGAAGGAAUGUUUCUAAAUACAUUUUUUUUAUAUUGGCAAAAAAAUUGUAAUUAAAUGUAUUACAUAAUUAAUUACAUUAUUGUGGCACAUAGACAGAAUUUAUCCGUAUGUUCUAAAUUACUACAUGCAAAGUUAAUACUUCUGCCUUAUUUAUUCACUAAUUAUUUCUAUUUGCUCAUCAAUUCAUUCUCGUGUCUUUAAAUUAUAUUAUAAUUAUAACAGCCUAUAAAAUUAGGCUUAUUUUCACACUUCUAUUUUUCAGCAAAUAUUUGAAUUUUAAUGAGUAGACUGUCAAUUAUCUUGUCUGCUUUUUUUAAAUGAAAAAUAAUUUAUUAUUCCAUACUAUUUCAAAUUAAUAAAAAAAGGAAGGGAUAAGUAGCAAAUAUCUACCAAUAAUUUUCCAAAGUUUAGCAAUUUUUGCUAUUUUAUCUUAGACUUUUGUUUUUUUAUAAUCAUAUUAACAAUUUACUUCUAUAAUAAUUAUCAGUAAUUGAUAAUUAUUAUAGAAGUCCUUUCCUAUUAUAGUAUCUUAGACCUUUGUUUUUUUGUAAUCAUAUUAACAAUUUACUUCUAUAAUAAUUAUCAGUAAUUGAUAAAAGUAAAUUUAGUUACUUUUUUGUAACAAUUAAUCUACAUUUUAUGUUAAUAUUUUGUUUAUUUUAUACAUAACUAGGUAUAUGAUUUUGUGUUCCCUGCAGUUGGUUAUGUUUUACAAAAUUACUCUUAAAGUGUGUACAGUAUUUUUAUUUUUGGAUAACUUCUGAAAUAAAAUUUUUAAAUUUUCAAAUGCUAUUGAUAUCACACCUUUAAAGUAUUCAGUUGUAAUAGAAGGUCAGAAAUAUAAAUUAGGCAAGGAUGAUUUAUAGAACUCUGACCUGUUCUUAAAUGGAUAAAAGACAGUCUAUUGUAAAUUUAAUUAAAAUAUUGAACAUUUUCUCCCAGUUAGAUAUAAUGAAAAUUAGUGUUUCUUUGUAUGUUGCAUGAUUGUACCAGUUAUACUUUUCAUCAUUUUUUUGAUCUUGUAUUUGAAUUCUAUUUUUGAAAAAAUAUGCCUAUUUAAGCAAAACUUAUCAAUUAUCUGAAGUAAUUUUUCUGAUGCAUGUCGAGAAUUUAUUAAAUAAGCAUGUAAGAUAGGUGAAUUUAGUAAACUUGAAAUGUUUAUAGUUGGUGGAGCCAUCUUUUAUUUUUACUUGUAAACAGUUAUAUAUACAGCGCAGGAAAAACUCAACAUUAUUUUUGUAACAAUGUUGUACAAAAUAAGUUAUCACUGGAACUAUGUGUCAUAAAGUUUUAUGUAAUGCUCAAUGUUAACUCAUUUACGUACUUUUUUUUGUCCUGUAUCAGGAUAAUUCAUUAUGUAUUCGUUCUCAAAUUUAAAAAAUAAAGUGCCUUGGACUUCCA